AUGCCUGACAUCCCAACGUCUCCUGGUUUUGAUGAAAUUGUGGUGGGAUUUGAGGAUGAAACUGAAAACAUAACAGGCCUGCUGAUUAGAGAACCAAAAGAGCUAGAUGUUGUAUCAAUUACUGGUAUGGCUGGGCUCGGCAAGACAACUCUGGCCAGAAAGGUGUUUUGCCAUAAACCUGUUAUUGAUUGGUUUCAUUUUCGGGCAUGGUGCUGUGUCUCUCAUGAAUAUGACAAGAACCGUGUAUUCCAUGAAAUUUUUAGUCAAGUUGCAGACGAUAUGAGUGAGGAUGAUACAGAUGAAGUGGUGCUUGAAAUUUUAAUGAAAAAGUGCAAAGAUGAGCAAAGCUGGGUUGAUACUUCUGAAGCACUACGCAGGGCCCUACGGGGGAAGUGUAAAGGCCACAAGAUUAGGGAUGAUACGACUGAAGUGUUGUAUGAAAGUUUAAUAAAAAUAAGCGAAGAUGAUAACAGCUGGAAAAAGAUAUCUAGUACACUGCACGUAAGCAUAAUGGAGAAGUGUGAAAACACCAAGAAUUGGGAUGAUAUUGCUAAGCCGUUGUAUGAAAGCUUAAUUGUGAAUUUUGAAGACAAUAAUGUCAGAGAUGAUGCCACUGAAAUGUCUCCCAAAUUCCGAGUGGAAAGGCACAAAGACAUUAAGAUGUGGGAAGAAAUAACAAGUGCGAUAAGCCAAAGCAAAAUUGUAGACAAAAAAGACAUUAGGAGAACAGAUGAUGAAGUUCGGAAGUUGUUCAAAAGCCUACAGGAUCUAGCUGCUGGGGUGUUGUUCAAAAACAUAAAUGAAAAGUGCCAAGAGAAUGACAGUUGGAAAGAAAUGCUGGAAACAUUAUUCAAAAGCUUAAAUGAUAUAGUUGAAACGUUGCUCAUAAGCCUAAAUAAGAAAUGCAAAGACAGUAAAAGCUGGGAUGACAACAUAGCUGAGAAGCUACGCAAGAAACUGCUAGGACAAAGAUACCUCAUUGUCUUGGAUGAUGUUUGGAGAAAAGAAGCAUGGGAUGAGUUAAGUAGAGCUUUUCCCUUGGGCGCAGAAGGAAGCAGAAUCAUCUUAACAAGUAGAGAGCCAAGAUUUACUGCAGGUCUGGUGCUGAUCCCUAUUCUCUUCGUUUUUUCACUACUAAAGAGAGCCAAGAUUUACUGCAGUUAA